AUGCUAAUUGAUACUACUCAUCGAGAUAUUAUUCAUGAAAUAGCUUAUAAUUUUGAUGGGAAUCAAUUUGCAACAGCAUCAAGCGAUCAAAUAAUGGGAGUUUACAACAAAGUUAAUGGGUAACUAAAUGAAAAUAAUCAUUUUUAAUAGAAAAUGAGAAAAGAGUGCUGAUUGUAAAUUUCAUGAUGAUCCAAUUUGAAAGAUUAGAUGGGCAGAUUCUAAAUUCGGAUAAUUGAUAGCUACUUGUUCUUAAGAUAAAGGUGUAUGUGUUUGGGAAGAAAAGAAAUCUUACAAAGAAAAUUCAACUAGAUAGAAAUAAAUAUAAGUAUAAUGGAAAUAGAGAAUAUUAAUUUUAGAGAGCAAGGAAGCUGUAGAUAACAUAUAAUUUGGUUCAAAAUCAAAUCGUUUAUUAUUGGCUAUAGCAUGCAUUGAUGAAAAAUUAUAAAUCCAUAGAGUUUAUGAGUAAAAUUAAUUCAUAAAGAAAGGUGAAGAUAUUUAAAUAAUUGUAUAUGGAUUAAAAGCAAUUUCAUGGAAUCAUGCUUUUUUAGAAAGGGAGAUGUUGGUGGCUGCAGGUAAUGCAGAAUAAUAAAAUAUCUAAGUAAAAUAAAAACAGAUCAUUUUCAUGGAGUGA